UGUUUGGUAUGGUGAUAACAAUAGGUCAAGCUAUUGUAUACGUAAUGACUGGUAUGUACGGUGAGCCAUCAGAGUUGGGUGCUGGAAUCUGUUUGCUCAUCAUUAUUCAGUUAUUUGUUGCUGGUCUUAUUGUGCUGCUGUUGGAUGAACUUUUACAAAAAGGCUAUGGUCUUGGCUCUGGUAUCUCCCUAUUUAUUGCCACAAAUAUCUGUGAAACCAUUGUAUGGAAAGCCUUCAGUCCAGCAACUAUCAACACAGGAAGAG